CUAUAUACAUAAGAAUUGCGUUUACUAACCUGCUUCUCACAAUUAGCUUACUCAGUGACUGCUUCAAAUAAAAUCAUAGGUGUGGUUCUUGUGUGUUUAUUUAAAAGGGAAUGAAACAGUGCUGGUAAAUUGGCAUAAACCGUAUCUACAUCUACUGAUUAUUCAUAACAAUGAAAAUGGCGGAUAAUUCAUUAAUGACAUUUCAAAAUAAUUGUGAAUCUAUUAAUAGAAACGGUGUCGAGGUUAAAGCAAACCAUAUCAAAGAUAACAAUACAAACGAAGAUAGUACGACUCUACAAAUAAUUGUAAAUAAGCCAGACGACCAACCACGAGAUGAGAUAUUGCAAAAUAGUUCGGACAUUUUGACACAGGGGGAUGUUGUUGACGAAUUCUUGGCGGGAGAAAAUAAUCUUGAAUUCAACAAUGACCUACUCUCUAAUAUGGACAACGUCAACGAAGGAAUUUCUUUUAAAUCGGAAAACACCAUCUCAGAAUGCAACACUGGAAACCUGGAGAAAAACGAGCUUCCUGAAAGUAUGACUAAGGACGUCCGCAGGAUAUCCACGACUAAUUUUAUUGCCAAAAAUUUAAAAAGGAGGAGCAUAAAGUGCUUGAAUAAGAUGCAGAUAAUGGAGGAUGUGAGAGAAGGCUGCAAUGUCCAACCUUCUUCCCCGGGUCAUGCAGAACAGCGCGCUGAUGAUGAUUCCAAGAAGACAGAAACCCAUUCCGAAAACGGAUUUGAGGAACAGAAUUCGAAUACCAACCAUGAAGAGAACAAUGAGGACCAAAAGGAAGACACCAAGACCUCCGAAAAUGAGGUAGACGCAGCAGAAAGCAAUAAAACUGAAUUCUCGGAAGCCAACAACGAGGAAAACUACAGCAAUGACAGUGCCCCAUCUGUCGAAGGCAACAAACGUAAAUGCGACACUGAAGACUUUCCCAUUAAAAGACUAAGAACGGAAAUCCACCAGAAUUUCGUGUCUCGUGAUAAAAUCCUGAACGAAUUCAUCGAAAUGGCUGAAUGCAACAAUUUAGAGCAAAUACAUACUUUCAGUGAACAGUUAUUAGCGGAAAUAAAGACACUGAACGAACUAGCGAAGGAAAAAGAGAGAGAGUGGAACAACAUCCUCCACCUGAAGAAGAUCAAAGAGGAACUGUUGCUUCGAAUGCAAAGAAAAAGACAAAUCAUGCUGAUAAAUGAAAAGUCUGAUUAUUCAGACCUACUUUCUGAAUCUCAAAGUGACAAUGCGGACGAACGUAGCAAGAGCGGAUCGCCCCACAGUAUCUUGAAAUCCAAUUUAACGAAUCCCCAGAAAUCCGCGUUGCGCAUCCCCAGCGUCAGCUUGAACGGGGACAAGUCGAAGCAUAGGACCAUCUUGCCGAAGUUACCCCAAAAUACCCUGGAAUUAAACGGAUCCUUGGACCUGAGGCAAGCGAAACAGCGACCUAUCCUGGACGUCCAAUCCAUUAUAGCCGAUUACCGGCAAAGACACCCCGAGGCAGUGCCUCGAAGGGGACGGAGGAUUAGAAACUCUCAAACUGACGGCUCGAAUAAGUCUCCUAGUAACGUUCUCAAUUUCGCCUCCAUGACGCUCGGUUCGGGGUCUCAGGUGAGGCAGAAUCUCCAGGGAGUUGACAUGAAUAGCGAGUUCGGGAUGCUUUUAAGCUCCAUGAAUGGGAAUAGAUCAGAUUAUUCCAAGGCAUCAAACUCUGACUCAUCAACAAUGCAGGAUACCACAUCAUUUAGAGACAUGUUGCUGCAAUUUGCAAAACUGUCGCAGAGUGAAAGGACUGAACUGAUGCAAAAUUUCAAACCACCACCUCCUUACCCAGAAGUAACCGUUCAUCCUGUUCCCACGACAACGGCAGCUCCCACAAAUUCGCUUCUUCAUGGAAUUUUAACGAAGAGCCCUUCUAAACAGAAUACCAAGACCUCAUUUAGCCCUACAUUAGCUCGUCUGUUGACAGCUCCAGAAAGGGCAGUCAGUAGCAAUCCGACAACAUCAACACCGACCAUGUCAAGUAGUACCACGAUUCAUCCAUCUAAUAUGUCAAUUUCAGAGAUACUCUCUACAAGUAAGGCAAGAAAUGAAAUUACUAUCACCCCAGUAGGAACACAAUAUGAAACAACCCCAUCUAAAGCAAGAUCAACGGAGGAAGAGGAAGCAGAGGAUAGCGCAGAUCGCCUGGUGAUUGAUGAAAGUAAUGAAGCUGCAGAGGCCAGAAGAGCGGCAGAUAAUAAUUCAGACGGUGGUGAUGAAGUACCUCCUUGUCAAGGAUGCAACCAGAAACCUGCUCAGUUUGUCUGUGCGGGAUGUGGAAACCAGUGGUACUGCAGUCGAGACUGUCAGGUCGCCGCCUGGGAUGAACAUUCUGAAGUGUGCUCGGGUUAACAAUUCUUCUAACAAAAAUUGUUUUCAUAGAAACAAUUUUCAAGUAAAUAGUGAUCAAAAAUAUAAAGUACCUACAUAACAAUAAAUGUCUAUUCUAAAUGAGAUACACCAAACAGAAUCAGGUACCUGCAUUAAAAGUUUGGUUGAUGCAUCAAGUACAUUAAAAUUAACAUUCCUCCUCCGAAACAAAGCUCCCAUGCUUCUCAAAUUACAGUAGUCAAUAAUUUUGCAAUUUUCCAUUGCUGUAUUUAUUGCAUCAAUAUUGCUUUUAAAUAAUCAAUAUUAAGCUACUGAUUUUUAGUACCAAAGAAAGCCAAAGCUAGAUUAGAUUAUAACAAUUUUUUCUAAUUUUAAACGUAAAAAGAGUUGAACAAAAAAUUGGCAUAUAUUAAAAUUUGAAUGUUUAGUGAUAAUGUACCUAAAUAUUUUUUAUUUUUGUUAGUUAUAAAUGAGAAUGUGUUAGUAAAAGGGCCAAUGUAAAUAUAUUAUGCCUAUAUAUUAUAACUAUAUUUAUGAGGCAUAUUUUUUAUAUAUUAAUCUAGCUAGAUGUUUGAGUUUAUGGAUUAUUAUACCUGAAGCUAUAGAUUUGAAAGUUUUUGAGUGAAUGAUAUGAUUACAAGCAAAAAAUAUCAGUCAGUUUCAGAAUAUAAUAUAAUAAAACUUGCCUUCUAUUAGUUACAUACAUAUUUUAUAUUUCACUGUGUUUGUAUGUGUGUAGUCUCUAAUUUAUUUAGCAAUAAGGUUUCCCUAUUUAUAAAAAUGUAAUUAUGCUAGUCAUUUUUUAUUACCAUUACCACAUAUUACAUAAUUUGUAACACUUUUUUUAAAUGUUGUGUAAGUGCCAUUGACCAUUUUGAGGGUUAUGUGUAAAUAUAUUUUUUUUGUAAGCUGCAAUGGAUUAUUUAAAAAAUAUGUAAGAUACAAUUCUGUGAUACCCAGUUAAGGAUCAACGAUACUUAAAUAAAACCAGUAUCUUUCAUAAUGAGGAAUUUUUUGUUUGUAUUUUUCUUAAAUACCUCCCUGUCUACUCAACCCAGUUGAAUGUAGAAUACAAAAAUUAAUUGGUACGGGUGAAGGCAA